AUCCGCCAUGCUCAGGUCUAUCGCUCUCGCUGCCGUAGUUGCUUCCGCCUCCGCCUUCUCCACUCCCGCCUUGAGUGGAUUGAAGAUGUCUGCGGGCCCCAGCCGCAGGGAGGUUGUCCAGGCCGGCGGUGCUGCUGCUGCCGUCGCUCCCUUCCUUGGAGCCAAGGCUGCUGGAGCCGAGAUGGACAAGAAGGCUAUCGCUCCUGUCAUCACCAUCUUCGAUCACCGUGGAUGCGACCGCAUCACCAAGGAGUACCAGGGACGCAAGGCCAACACCUACGACGACUACAUGCUCGUCAAGGUCAAGGGAGAGGUCAUCACCGUCUCUACCAGCACUGCUGCCUCCGUCCUCGCCGAGACCUUCGGACUCCUUGACCGCGCUGCCCGCUCCUAAACGAUUCGUUAUGUAAAGAGGGAAACAUAGCAUGACUUCGACUCGAAUGCUCAUCAGUUGUCCUUUUGAAGUAGCUUUUGACCAUAAGAUAUCCUGUUGU